UUUUCUCUGCUACACUUGAAAAUUGCAAGGGUUGGAAGCUGCAGCCAGACUCCCCUCUGCCUCACCCUAAAUGGCACUGAUGCUGUGCAAUCAUCAAUGGUUGAGUUUGCCCCCACCCCACCCCACGGCAGAGAGGAUCUCAUCCUGACUUGCUAGGUUGGGAGGCCUGUCUGGGUGUAGAGGAGCAUUCAGUCUCUGGUGUCUGCAACAAGGACAUCCAUCAACAUGGGCAGUGAGCACAGGGGGCAGACUGGAGCUGGGGCACAGAGUUCAAGCAUGCGAUCAGAGAUAAGGAGUGCAAGACUCAGGGGGCAGCAGGGACAGGUGCGGAAGCAAGCAAAAGCUUGGUUUCUGCAAAGGCAAAAUUGUGAAGGGAUCAUUCAUCCAAAUGAGCAGACUGGGCAGUGAACGAACAAGGGCUGCAACCCAGAGAAAGCUUGAUGAACCUGCUGAAAGUAAUGGGGCUUUGAUAGCCAUCCAUAAGCACUGGGUCUGUAGGACCUGGCCUAUCCUGUUGCCCCAGAAGUGAAAACUGUGGAGUGCUUUGCUGACCAGUAAAAGGAUAUUUUGACAUCCACAGAUCAGCUACUUGUCCUCCCCUGAAAUACCAUGAAAAUCUUUCAGAAUGGUUCCCUGACAGCUGAGCUCCUGUGCAGUCUGUUUCUAGAUGGCUUCAGCCUAGUCCUGCCCACUCAGAAUGCUUUGUAGCACAGACUGGGUACACAUUGUAUAUUCCCACCCAACCCAGAGAGUCCUGGGAACAGUAGUUUGUUAAGGGUGCUGGGAAUUGUAGUUCUGUAGGGGGGUAAAGUACAGUUUCCAGGAUUCUUUUGUUUUUGAGUGGGUGGAGAAUGUGCUUUAAAUGUAUGGUUUGUGCGCAGCCACAGUAUCAUCUAGGAGUCCCACCUGACAUCUUGCCCCUUGUGCAAUCAUGCGCUGCAAAUCUAUGCAUCUGCACAUGCAGACGCAUUGAAGAAUUGCCUAGUGCAAAUUCUGUAAUAUGUUUCAGCUGAUGGAUGUCUGUUUUCUGCCCACAAAAUCUGAGGUUUUUCAUGGAGGAAUUUUAAACACUCAAACCAGCCCCUGGCCUUGGGAGGCGCUUCUCCUUUCUGACAGAUGUUUGGGUGAUAACCAGUAAGUUAGUUUGUUUCUCAGGAUGUUGACCUUCAUCUGUGGAGGGAGGAUGGUGACGUCUCCCUUCCUCCCAAUGGAGAAUACAAAGAAAUAGUACAGCAACGGGGGCGGGAUAGGACUUCACAAUAGGAGAUUAACAGGAACAAAACCCAGAACUUUUGGGUUCCCAUAGCAAACACCAUUAGCAUCUGACUACACUGGGUGAUAGUCCGUGAUAGUCCUACUCAGGGGAUACCCAUGAAGUUAACAGACAGGACUAAUACAGGUUUAUUCAUUUUAGUGGGUCUGCUCUGAGUAAGAGUUCACAGGCUACAAUCUUCUAUACUUGCAUAGUUCAUUUACAGGUAGGUGGCUGUGUUGGUCUGACGUAGUCGAAACAAAAUAAAAAAAUUCCUUCCAGCAGCACCUUAAAGACCAACUAAGUUUUUAUUUUGGUAUGAGCUUUCGUGUGCAUGCACACUUCUUCAGAUACACUGAAGCAGAAGUCCCCAGGCGCUUAUGUAGGGAAAGGGUGUGUGUGUGUGUGGGGGUAUCACUCAGAAGGGUGGUGGAAAUGGGUGAUUGUUCAUUGUUGUUUAGGCAAACCUAUCCAGUUCAUUGUUGUUUAGGCAAACCUAUCCAGACAUGUAGAAGUUACAUACGUUUUAUUUCUUUUUAGCUACUGUUGCUUUUUAAUAAUUCCUUGAAUGUUUUGGAUUAUUUGUUUCUAGCUGUUUUUAUUGACAGUUUUCAUAUUUGCAAACUGUUUUUAUUACAAUCAAGUGCUGCAUAAAUUUGGUGAAAUAAAAAUAAAUGUGGAGGGUUGAGAUUCGGGUACCUGGGGGAGAGCGUCUUCUGAGAUAAACUGGUCGGCUGUGAAAUGAAACAAUAGCAUUUAAGAAAGAUGCAAGACAUCGCUGUUGGCACUCUGCUCGCUUUGUGAAGGGAGGGCCCAUUAUCUCCUCCCUCCUUCCUCAGCAGUGAACAGUGUUUUUUUUUUUUGCCUUACAUCUGUCCAGAAAUAGAAUGCCUACCCCCACCGGUUAUCUGCUUGAUGUCCUUUGGGGUCUGUUAAGCAAAAGUAUCUCUGUGAUGUGCAUCUUCAUUUGUUUGUGGAAAAUGCUGCUACUUUCCCCUUUAAGUGAAGUUUGUUUUCCUCCAAGUCUGGCAGCUAUUUUAGUGCAAGCUGAAACAUGCACGUGGUCUGCGCAAAACUCCAGAUGGAGCCAGACAUGGCCCUGCUCUCUCAUCCUCCUGGGCAGGAACAGGCUUAACUGCUUUCCUGCUCUCUCAUCAGCUAAGGGUUCAUCGAUGAGGCAGCUUUGCAUAGUCUGUGGCCUGCAGCUGUGGUCUUCCCUUAAGCCUCCUUUUUGCAUGUGGGGUGUGUGGGGCAGAUAAGGAACCGAAAGGCUCUGCCUGAGCACAGAUAACUGGUUCUUUAAAAAGCUGAGAAUCUCCUUUGCCUAAACACACUUGGCAGGAUGCGCUUCCCUAGGAUGAUGCCUUAAGUGCCAGGGGAAUCGAGUGGUGGGCACCACAGCUCCUGGUUUGCACUGGCAAGAGCACAACUUUCUUUUUGCUCCUUCUUCUCCUUCUACCAGGCGCAAAGCCCCUCCUGCGGACAUCAUGGCCAUAGUGCAGACCCUGCCUGUAUCCAUUGAGUCUGCCUCCGAAGGGGCUGCCCAGCUCCACACGAGUGCCUGCCCGUCCCCUGCAGCCAUGGGCAGUGUCAGCAGCCUAAUCUCCGGCCGGCCUUGCCACAAAGCCACGACAGAGUUUGGCCCUUUCCGCCUGCCUGGCGGGGCCGGUUCCCAAGAGCCCCUGUGCCAUGGACUUCCCACCAAGAAGACCAGCUAUGCUUACGUAAGCGAAGAGGACUGGGCCGAAGCGGUGUCUCCCAUCAGCCCCUGUAGUGACACGGAAGACCUGCAGGAUGACAAGCCCCGGGUCGGCACCAUCCGCGGACCACCCCCCAAGUUGGUGCCUGUCUCAGGGAAACUUGAGAAGGCCAUGGAGAAGACGCUUAUCCGCCCCACGGCCUUCAAGCCAGUCAUGCCCAAGAACCGCAGUGGCCCCCUGCAGGGGCACUUGGCUCUGCGUCCCGGUGCCUCCGUGCUCUCUGAGAGCCAAGCUAGUCUUGCCCAGCUCUUUGGCGGCGCCCCUGCAGGCAGCACCGAGAAGCACAACUCCCUGAGCUGCCGAACCAGCUCUCACUCGGGGACCAUGUCGGACUCGGGGCGCAACUCCCUCUCGAGCCUCCCUACCUACAGUACUGGAUGCAGCCAGCAGAUGGAGCCAGUCAGCAUCUCCAUGGGCCACAUCAGCCUGGAAAGCCACGGCGGCGGCGGCGGCGGCAGUUCGCGUGGCCUCACGGGGCCUUCAAACUCGGACAGCGGCCGCUCGUCGUCGAGCAAGAGCACGGGGUCUCUGAGCGGCCGGGGCCACCAUUCCUCCGACAGCGGCUCCUGCGGGGGGCGUUCGCCUGUUCACAGCGGAGCGGAUGAAGCCCUUCUCAUUCACGAACUUGAGGAGAAGUUGCGGGAGCGUGAGGUUGAGCUGCAGCACCUGAGGGAGAGCUUGGACGAGAAUGAGUUGGCCAUUUGCCAGGUGUACGAGGAGAAGCAGAGGCGCUGCGAGGAAGAGAUGGAAGUGCUGCGGCAGGGCUGCACCGCCAAGCUCCAGCAGUCGGCGCAGAAGGCCCAGCGCAGCCAGCAGGUGCUGCAGCUCCAGAUCUUCCAGCUGCAGCAGGAGAAGAAGAAACUCCAGGAGGAUUUUGCGCAGCUGCUGGCUGAGCGGGAGCUGCUGGAGAAGCGCUGCGCCUCCUUUGAGCGAGAGCACACGGAGCUGGGGCCGCGCUUGGAAGAGACUAAAUGGGAGGUGUGCCAGAAGUCCGGUGAGAUCUCGCUACUGAAACAGCAGCUGAAGGAAUCGCAGGCGGAGGUGGCUCAGCGGGGCAACGAGCUGGUGCUUCUAAGGGCCCAGCUGAGAGAAGCAAGGGCUGAGCUGCAGGCUGGCGAAGAGCAGGCGCUGAGCUUGCAGGAAGUGGCCCGCACCAAGUCCUUGGAGCUGGAGGUGUGUGCCAACGAGCUGGCCAGGCGCAAGAGCGAGGCGGAGCUGCUGCGCGAGAAGGUGGGGCGGCUGGAGCACGAGUUGGAGGGACUGCGCAGUGCGAGCGGGGAGCUCUGCCCCCUGUUGGCCGAGUGCGACGAGGCCAAGGCUCAGCGCCAGGCGGCGGAUACCCUGCAGGGCUUGCGCUCCCAGGCCGAACGGCUGCGCGCCGAGCUGCUGUGCGAGCGCCGGCGCGGCGAGGAGCAGCGGGAAGCUUUCCACGCCGAGCGUGUCACUUGGCAGGGGGAAAAGGACAGGGUCAUCCGCUACCAGAAGCAGCUGCAGCACAACUAUAUCCAGAUGUACCGGCACAACCGCGACUUGGAGAGCCAGCUGCGCCACCUCAGCCUCGAACUCGAGGCCCGGGACAUGGAUGAGUACGAGAUGCACGGGGGCGAAGGCAUCUGCUUCGAGGAGAUUGCUGCCACCGAGAUCUGACCAUGCCUCUGGCGGAAGAAGGCCUUGGUGAAUAGGCUGUGCGGCCGCAGACAAGGGAGCGUGCUCCGUCAAACGUGAGAACGGAGCGAGCUUGGGACCAGUGGUGGAGGGAGAGGCCUGCUAUACCUGAAUCCCACUGGGUAGCACUUGUUCCAUUACUUAACUUGGCUGGGGGACUCCCCCCCACCCCCACCAGCUUAACAGAUUUCACUGCCAUUGAGAUAAGACAAAGACCAGAAGCUGGGCAGUUUCACUGGGAGGUAGAGGCUGCUAAGGAUUUUGCCAGUAUUUUCCAGACCUGCCUUGUAGGGAGGCGGGGCUAACCUCUAACUAAGCCCGCCCUUUGGAAUGUUGUAGCAGCAGCAGCAGCAUCUCCUCCUCCAUUCCCCACCCCUCCCCAUGGGGAAGCAGCUACCCUCUAGGUCCUAAUGCUGGCUGUGGUAGAAAAUGGCUACCACUGUUUUGCCUCCUGUUCUGUGGGCUGGAGAUACAGUGAAGGCAGGAAGCUCUCUCUUCUGCCACUACCUGUAUGAAGUGACUCAACUGGCCCUCAGGCACCACCUGGCUGGAAAUUUGGCUGUGUUGGCUUUGCUGACAGCCAGCUGAUCCACUUAACUGAUGGGAAGGAAUUAGCACCGUCUGUUUUUAGGCUGGCUGGAGAAGUAUUUUACAGGAUGCUCUUUUGACCUUUGCCCCAGUCCUGGGCUGGGUAAAGUAAAUCUUUAAAAUAAAUCGGGGGGGGGGGGCAUACAAUCCAAAGCCACCAAGAGAAGCCCAGAUUCUGUGACUGACCAAGUUGUACAAAUUAAGCAAACUUGCACACAUGCACUUUGUUUGCGUAAUUUGUGCUGCUUACAGUAGUUGUAAAGGGCAGGUUGUUUCGUAAGGCCCUGAAGGUCCACACAAGCUAUUUCUUUUAUAGUCAUAAGGGCAGCAAUAAUAAGAAUGAUAAAUUGCGGUAAGACCCAAAAUUGAUUCUCAGGAUGCUGAAUUCUGGUCCCACAUUUGGUGCUUAUUUCAGUGCUAAAGAACAUUAAGAAGAGCCCGGCUGGGUCAGACCAAAUGCCAAUAUUAUGUUUCCACAGUGGCCAACCAGAUACCUAAGGGAAGCUCAUAAGCAGCGUAUGAGCCUAGCAGCCCUCUCCUUCCUGCAGUUUACCCCCACACACCUCAAAAAAAGCUGGUAUUAGGUAGCCAUUGUGUGGAAUUGCAGAAGAUAUGCAGGCCUAGCCUUAUCCCACUCAAGGCAUUGUGGGAAUCCACUGUACUAGGCUUGCUGAGGAAAAGUAGUUUCCCCCUCUGCUGUGGAAGCAGGAGCCCAACACACACACACACACACACACACACACACACACACACACACACACACAGCACCUCCCUAAGAAGACUAAAAGGCCAAAGCUUCUCGGGCAUCUGCAUUGGCUGCCUGAUGCACUGUCAUGUGCCCUAACCUUAAGGGGACCAGGUCAGCCAACGUGUCACAGCUUAUAGACGAUGUCUCUGAAUACUCGGGGGAUUGACAUUCCUGCCCUAUCCCUACUUCCAUGAUGAGUCCCGUCAUGGAAAAAGGCAGGGUAUGAGUAAAUAUAGAAUAACAAUGAUGCCCAAGUUAUUCUUAUAGGGCAUUCCUCUUGUUGUAAGCUUGUUGUUCUCCAUACAAGACCAGGACCUGCCCAUUCGCUUGGGGUUGCUGAGUCUUGUACCAGGGCUCCGAGUUACUUGCCUGUGUGUGUGUGUGUGUGUGUGUGUGUGUGUGUGUCCCUGCUGCAUGGGGAUCUGGGAUGUCCUUCCACCCCACCCCCAAUUGCCUUUGUCGCUCCUGGUUGAGCUCUGAUUUGAGAGUGCCUUUUGUUUGGCCUUGCUGCCUGGGACUCCCGCCCUCCCCCAACCUGCCCUCCAGCUUGUGCUUUUCUGCCCAGCUGUAUCCACUCCCUGCAGGCUCCAUAAGCUGCUUGAGGGCUCAGUGGUACUGCCUUUGAGCCUGCCUGCAGCACCGUCCUCAUGAUACCCCCAUUGCUUUCCUUUCACGCCUGGCUGGCAGAGUGCCUUGCUGGCUUCUGUUUCUCAUGGAUGAUAUGGGUAGGCCAUCAUUUGACAGCCUAGUGUCCUUCAGAUAUUUUGGACUACAGCUCCCAUCAGCCUCAGCCAGCACAUUGGCUAGGGCUGUUGGGAGUUGUAGUCCAAAAUAUCUGGAGGACACCAGCUUGGCGAAGGAUGGGGUCGGUUGAUGGACAGCAUCCCUUGACUGUUCCCAGAAGCCUACAUUCUCCAGGUGUCUCAGCUCCAUUCCAUUUCAUGGCUUCUAACCAAAUGUGAUUCAGUUUGUAUCCUGAUUCUUUUGAAUGCCUGGUUCCUGUUUCAGUCCAGCCUUCCUUUUUGAUCUUGCAGUACCCAGCUGUUCACUUUCUGCUGCAAUUAGCUUGGAGGCAGUGCCCUCAAGUCCACACAUCUUUAAAAAUCUGUACUCAAGCUGCUUUUGGAAGUGAAGAAAAAGCCCGGCUCAAAUGCUCACCCUCUACUCUCACACCCAAAUAGCCUAGGACCUUUUCUGCAGAUGGGCUCUUCAGAGGGCAGCAUCUCCACUUGUGGAGAGCGAUGCCUUCCAUACCUGCUGUGGGAACCCUUCCUGAUACAUUGAGCUUUAUGCUGCCCACUAGCUUCCUGGAGGUAAAGUGUUUUUAAAAAGAGCUUCAUUGCAAACACCCUGCAAGAUUUGCCCAGGAGCAAAAAAAGGUCAGCGAAGCAGGGUCUUAUCUUCUGGGGUGCGGAAAAGUAAUUUCCAGAGGAGCUUGACUGGGAGUGGCUGAAUAUCUUAUAAAGGAGAAAAGCUGUCUCUGGUGGAGAGAUGUAGCCAGGCUGACUACAUAGGGACAAGGCACAUAUCCCUAUGGUUAACAGGGUAUAGUUGACCAAGGAGGACUAGGAACAGGAAUGAGUUAUCAUUUCAGCCAAUGCAGGAAGAACCAGAUGGCAGAGGAAACAUGGCUCCAAUAGCCACAGUGGCUCACUACCUUCUCCUCGACCACCCCGAGUUCUCCUUUGUGCAGCUAGUCCUUGAUGUGCCCAUCCUGCCAAGCUGGUCAGAUGUCCUUAGCCCCGUCCCUCUGGCUGUGCAAGCGCUGAACAGAGAAGCCUCUCCUUGAGUGACUUGUGACCAGAGUGCAGCCAAAGCCCAGCAUAGCUCAGCACCCUGCUUAAGCCACUUUGGAAAUAGCAGCCCCAUUGCCAGAGGAGGGACUGCCUGAUAUCUGCCAGCCUGGUCUAGCCUUAGCUCCAAGUUCCUCCUGUUUAUCCGCAUGCAAGAAAACGAAAGAGCACACUCAAGAAUUUGGGGAGGAUGCAUUCCAGCUCUGUAUGAUUCUUUGGGUUGUUUGUAGAAGGGAGUUUAUGGCUUCCACGUUCACUUGGGAGAUGGUUGUGCAUUCCGAGAGAACAAGCCAUCUCCGCCCACUUCCACCCCUGGUCAUUCUUAACUCUCCUGCCCAUAGCUAUGGGAGUGCACGAGAUUGGCGCCAGGGACACCCAACACUAGACCAAAGGAAAAAGCUUGGUGCAUGUUAUUUCUGUGACUCUUGCUUACCUGAUCCCUCUCUUCCCCUCCCUUUUUUUUAGCACCACUUUGUGUUUUACUUUUUAAAAAACUUUUAUUUCUGAAAUUGUAUAUUUUCCAAGCUGUGUAAAUUUCUUGUACAAACCAAAAGAAAAGUGUGAAUUAAAAAAGAAGAAGAAGACGACAAAGCCACUUCUGUGUUUUUCAAGAAAAGCCACCUGGUGGUUUGAUGGGUGAGGGUAGUGGAGCACAGAAGGAUGAAGAUAAGGUGGAAUGGUUCUGAUGGUGGAUGAGAAGCAGAGGUGGGUGGGCUGGUGGUCUUGUACUUGCACACCCUUCCUCUUCUUGCUGUAUAAAAACUGGGUCCAAAUGCACCUUGGUUCACAAUUGCCACCUUCACUCAGUGGCUUGCAAAACAUUUGUGGCAGCAUCUUUUAAAAAAUGCCCCAUAGGGAAUGUAUCCACCUGGGAAAUGGACACUCUCUGAUCCAAAAUAGCAACUUCAGCUCAGGGAUAAGAAGAGGAUGGAUCCUUUAGCAGAUCUUCCCUAUUAGGCAGUAGCUGAAACAGACAUUAGGAUUCCAGGCUACAGAUCCUCUGUAGGUCCUCCCCACGUGGAGUUCAGAGAAGAGGAUCUUCCUUUUUGCUGGCUUGCAACAUCAUGGCCAUUGCAGAGUGGCUCUGAGGUUAGAUGGAAACAGUGACCACCAGCUUUGCUAUACGUCUCCUACUGGGACUGCUGCCUGUUUAUUUCUCUAUGGAUUUAGCAUUUGUGUUUCAAUGGAAGAAAGUGUUGGGUGAAUAUAUUAAGCCCUGUUUCCUGCACUAAUGAUCUCGUGGACCCUCAGAUGGUUGUCUCUCCAAAUGGAGAGAAGAAAAUCCACAACUCAUUUGCAGACGGAUGUUCAGAAGCGUUAAAACAGCACCACUGCCUAAGUGCUCAACCUGAACUAGCCAAGGGUCCAAAAAGUGGCCAGGCUGGUUUAAAGGUGCCAGCCUGACAUCCUGCUAUCUGAAAACCUCCACUCGAAUGAGAGCUGUACAAAGUUCCAUAUGCCAAAAACAACUGAUGCUUGCUUACCACAGCAAGAAGUUUGUUGCAAAGCAACUAGUCCUGGUUGCAGCUGUCCCACUUACAACUGCUCAGAAAAGCAUCUUCUUGGUGGAUUUUGGAAACAGAACAUCUGAUUCCUGUCGAGGCUGGUCCUAUGAUACUGCACUUCCCUCCUCCUACUCUGGAAAUGGGAAGCUUGACAUGUUCCCUUAAGCCCCCUGCUUGCUAAGUGGCUUCCCUUCUUACUCACCUAGCCAGUAGUUUGCUUCAGUGGUACCACUACCUGUCUGAGCAAUAGGCAGCCAUCAUAAACAGGUCCUUUGCUGACAAUGGGGGCUUGCAGCCACUUCGAAGGCCUGGGCUGGCCACGUUCUUCAGGACAUGUCGCUUUGUCCACAGCAUUACCUGGCUCUCUUCGGCACCUUCACCACAAUCUCCAUGGGCUCCUUGGCUUUGUUGCGAUAGGCCUGGCGGAUGAUGUCCACAGCUCGCUGGUGGGUCACGUUCUGCAAACUCUCCCCUUCCACUGCAAUCAGCUCUUGGCCCGCCUAGCAAAAAAACCCCAAAGGAGUUAGAAAGGGAGGCUCAGUAUUCCUAUAUGUAUUAUAUCGGGGAAGAGAUGUAGCUCAAGAGGAAGGACUGUAGCUCAGCGACAGAGCAUCUGCCUCCCAUGCAGAAGGUCCCAGGUUCAAUCCCUGGCAUCUUCAGGUAGGGCUGGGAAAGACCCCUGUCUGAAAUUUGCCAGGGAGCUCUUCCUUAGAGCAGAAGCAUGGUAGGUACAGUUACACUCCAGAGCUAGAGUCGCCAAAUAUACAUGGGAACCAAGCUGUCUUAGCUAUGGUGAUGCUGCAUGGGACAAGCCCUCAGCUGGACUACCUUUCUUGUAUCUCACUUGUGUAAGCAGCUCCAUCUUUGCUAUGCCCCUUGGUACUCUGGCCUUCCUUAACCAUCCAGAUGUUUUGGGCUACACCCGUCAGCCCCAGCUAGCAUGCUGACUGGGGCUGAAGGAUAUUACAGUCUAAAACAGGAUCAGCCAACAUGGUGUCCUCCAGAUGUUGUGGAAUACAGCUUCCAUCAUUCCUGACCAUUGGCCAUCUUGGUGGGUGGGAAUUGUAAUCCCAAACAUCUAGCGAGCAACAGGCUGGAGAACACUGCACAUAUUCUUCCGUGCUGGUUCCUUGGAUGUGAUGCCCUCGGUGAGCUCCUUCCCCUGAACAAGACCCCUUUCUCACUGCAAUUGUUGCUGCCCAACGACUUGCCUCUCCCACUUCCUUCAAUGGGCACCACGGCUUGCCCAUUGCAAGGUGUGCAGAAGUGACUGCUCUUGCUCUUUGCACUGCUCAGGAGAUUGAAGAGGGGAGGAAAACAGGAAGUAACAACAAGAAGGAGGAACAGUAUCUCCAGGAGGCUCCAGAGCAGGGGUCAGCAAACUUUUUUCAGCAGGGGGCUGGUCCACUGUCCCUCAGACCUUUUUUGGGGGGUGCUGGACUAUAUUUGGGGGGGAUGAUGCAAGAGCACCACGAGCCCCAGUGGCUGCUUACCUGUGUCUUGCAAGUGGGAGGGGCUGGCGGAGGCAGGAUGAUGAGCAGCGCACGAAAGGGCUCUGGAGAGGGGCUGCUUAAAAUUGCGGCCAUUCGAACACUGCUGCUGCUGGCACCAACAAAGCCCAACCUCCUUCCUCCUCUAGGCAGGGCGGGGAGAAGCCAGGAGGAGGGAGGGAGGAGGCGCCACUGCCGGGAGAGGGAGAGAACGCGCACGCUGGCGUUCUACGCGGCGAUUCCCAGACCGUCCAUGGGCCAGAUCCAGAAGGCAAUUGGGCCUGAUCUGGCCUGCGGGCCUUAGUAUGCCUACCCAUGCUCCAGAGAUUGGCAGUGGAUCCCCUGUUCAGAUGUGGACCUUAGCAGAUGCUCAGCAAUGCCACAAGAACAUAAGAACAGUCUGCUGGAUCAGGCCCAUCUAGCCCCUCAUCCUGUUCUCAUAGUGGCCAGGCAGAUGCCUGUAGGAAAAUGGCAAGGAGGACCCAAAGGUGAGAGCACUCUCCCCUCUUGAAAUUUACAGCAACUGGCAUUGAGAACCACAACAGCCUCUAACUGUGGCUUGUAGCCACUGGUUUUGUUGAGUUGUCUUUAAAAGCCAUCCCAACUGGUGGCCAUCACAGCCUCCGGUUGGAGAGAGUCCCAUAGUUCAGCAAUGUGUCAAGCGACAAUGCCGAGCUGGAUAUUACAUCCUAAGUUAGCAGAAUAGCAGGAUACCUGUGUAUAGCAGUAAUGCAAAAGCUAAGCCGGAGAGAGAGAUUCCUGUUUCUGGGCUUGGCAGGGAAGUGGUCUGGCCACAGAGAAGGGAGCUUUGAAGAAACUGGCAAGCCUUAGGUCAACACCACCAGCAGCCCUCCAUAAAUAUCGCAGAGGAGUGUCACCUGUGCCUCUAGCCAGCCAUUAACCAUUUAUUUCUCCCCUCCACAGCAACCUGGGGGACCAUUAGGCUCCCCCCCCCAGCCACCUGGCAAUCUGGGCCUGCCCUCCCCUCAGCGAAGAGGCCACCGAGGGGGAAAUCUAAUUACAGCUGCUCCCAGGGACAGAUGAAAAGUUGCCUGGUGGGCGGGCGGGCCAAGGCCCACAAUGGUUCUUUGUCAGCGCCCGGCCUCAUUACUCAGGCCUUGUGAAAUGCCGCACAGCGCCCUGAACCGUGGGGAACCCUGAAUGGCACAAUGGGGUGUGUAUGCCUGCCGCUGGGGCCCUCAGCCUCAUUAUAGGACAAAGCACAAUG